UCUUCUGCAUGCUGUUUCAGUUUCGCUUUUUCUUUUACAAAGUAAAUGAAACUCAAGAAGGACCCACCCCUACUCUCCGGAUCCCAGAGCUCAGCCUGCAGCCGGGCUCAGACUGUGGCCGCCAGACUGACCGCGAGGACCAUGGCCGUCAUGCAGAUCUCCGAGGGGCCCAGUCCUGCGCAGACCUGUGUGCUCAUCCUGAUCUUCACGGUGCUCCUGCAGUCCCUCUGCGUGUCCGUGACAUAUGUGUACUUCACCAAUGAGCUGAAACAGUUGAAGGAAAAGUAUUCCCGAAGUAGCAUUGCUUGUUUGCUCAAGGAAGAUGACGGCCUUUGGGAUCCAGAUGAUGGAGAAAGUAUGACCAACCCUUGCUGGCAAGUUAAGUGGCAACUCUAUCAGUUCAUUAAAAAGAUGCUUUUGAAAACCUAUGAGAAAACCUUCACUACAGACCAAGAAAAUCAGCAAAGUAGUCCACGUUUAUUAAGAGAAGGAAGUUCUCAGAGAGUAGCAGCUCAUGUAACUGGGAACAGAUCAACAAACACAGUCACAGCUCCAAGUUCCAAGAAUGGAAAAAUACUUGGUCAGAAAAUAAACUCCUGGGAGUCAUCAAGAAUAGGGCAUUCAUUUAUGAACAAUUUUCACCUAUUGAAUGGAGAAUUGGUUAUCCAUAAAACAGGACUUUAUUACAUCUAUUCCCAGAUAUAUUUUCGAAUUCAGGAAGCUGAGGAAAAGAAUGCAGCAAGAAGCAAACAAUUGGUCCAAUAUAUUUACAAAUACACCAACUAUCCUGAUCCUAUACUGCUGACAAAAAGUGCAAGAACAAGCUGUUGGUCAAAAGAUUCAGAAUAUGGACUCUAUUCCAUUUAUCAAGGUGGAAUAUUUGAGCUUAAGGAAAAUGACAGAAUUUUUAUCUCUGUCACUAACCAGCACUUAAUUGAGAAGAAUCAAGAAGCCAGUUAUUUCGGAGCCUUUUUAAUUGGCUAAAUAAUCUGCUCAAGAAAAAAACAAUUGAACUGUGGAAAUAGCUCCAAGAACAAAAGUGUGUGCUUUCCAUGCAGGAAGCCCAGAUUGAAUCCCUGGCAUCUAUGGUCCCCUGAAUUCCACCAUGAGCCACUCUCCAACCCUCCAACCCACACAACACUGAACUGGAAUGAGUCCCAAGCACCAGGGGGUGUGAUUCCCACGCCCAAACGAAACCAAACAAUGACGGCCAAGAGACCUUUUGCUCUUCAAGUUGAUCACUAUCUCACUGUCAUCCUGUUAUUCAUUGAUUUACUUGAGCGGGCACCAGUAAUGUCUAUUAUACUCAGCCCUGAGAUGUUAGCAGCCUCUCCUUACUUCAAGUUGGUAUAGUGUGAAAAUAUUCUAACAUAUCUGCAAAAGUAAAGGCAGUUUUUAAAUGUCUCUGAAAAAAGACCAAUGCAUUUGAAGAAAGUGAAAUUGUCAAAAAGACAUUUCAGUGCUCCUCCUGAUACCAGCCUGCCAGCAGAAACUUACAAGAUGCUCUCACCGAGCACUGUGCAACAAUGUCAUCUUGGCAAGAUUCCCGAAGGGACAACGAGCCAUCACUUAAACAAGCCAUUUUUAAGUAGUAUAUCAUAUUGGUUGUUUCCAGUUUGUCUCCAAAGGCAGCAGGCCCAAAGCUGAAAGGGCACCACCGAAAGGUGAUAAUCUUGGAGAUGAUCCUCUGUGAGGAUAUUCAAGUUACAAAGGGAAUGUGCAUUGUACAGUGUUGCAGGAGUUAUUGGACUUGGCAGAGUAGUGAAGAUCCACACAUAAUAGUAUUUUAUGAAAAAAAUCAAAACAAAAACAAAUUAACAGUUCUGUUCAGUGAAUAGAAACAUAUUUCUAUUGCUGAAUGAGUUUUUGCUACCGGGACUCAAGUUGUCUGAAAGCGCUGAUGAUGGUUUUGAGGGUGAGCGAUCAGAAAUCAGAGAAUUUGUUCUCAUGUGAGCAGCAGGAGAGAUGGCAAAGUGGAAAUGACAAACAGGUAACUAUAGGAAAUCAUCAAACAAGGAUCCCACUCCACUUCCACACACAUACACAUCUCACCCUCCACCCAAGGUCUGCUUGAAAUUUCCUGGUGUCUUUGCCCCCUCAGUAAUUGGUUUGUGUGUCCUAGCCAUGACCCAGAACAUUUAAUUUUCCGUUUUAAAAAACUAGUUGGUGAAAAGAAUUUGUUGUAGUACAUGUUGAAUUUCCUCUCUUAUCCCUAAACGUGUUUCUAAUUAUACUCUGUGUUUGUUUGCUCAAGUGUUCAUUUGGUCAAAUACAGGUUGUAUUUUUAAAUAACAUUAAAAUGUAAAUUUAUAACAUGACAUAGUUACCUGAUUCUCCAAACUCCUUAUCUUAUUUUCCCCAUACCAGUAAGCAAGUUCUUACAUCCUAAAAAAAAUUGAUUUAUUUGUUAAUCAAUUUUUUUGUGUCUUGUCUCCUCUUACUAGAAUGUCAGCAAAGAAUACUUAAUCCUGUUUGCAUGUGUCUUUCCACUCCUUAGAAAGAAUGUCUGAAGGUCAUGCCACAUGCCCCGUUCCUCCAGCACCCCAGGCUGUGGCUCUGGGGCCCCCAGCACUACCAGGUCAGAGCAGCUCCUCAUUGCUGGGCCCUUGUACUGAGCCAUCAGGCCUGCACAGCCUGGCUGAAAGGAAAAAUACCUAAACACAAAAAUCACACAAAAUUGAUCUGUAAAUGGUUGAUUGAAUAGCUAAUCAAAUGAGGAAAAAAAUCUACAGAAAAAAAAAUCUUUGAAGAAUUUUAAAAACCAAUCUCAUUGUGGAAAAAAGUGGUCUGUAAACCACAAUUUAGAAUAUCAAGGGAAAGAUUGAAAUGGGUGAUGACAUGUCAUCUAGUGACUGAAGAAAAUAUUCAUUUUA